AUGUUGGAAUAUGUAUACUCAGUGUUACCUACCUUAAGCAAAUUUUCAGAUCCUUUGACUCUACAAAGAAACUCUUCCGCCCAGCAACUUUUCACCUCACAUUUCAAAAUGCAACUCCAUGCGCUUACUACGAUCACUUUCUUGUGUGCUUUAGCAUCAGCUGCUGUCUUCCCCGACCCUAAGAUCCGCGAGAUACAAAGUCUCAAGAAUAGGCGCAUGCCGUGUCCCCCAGGCAUCGACGCCUGCCCUGGUGGACAGGGUUCUUGUCCUAAAGCUGGAGAAUUCUGCGCUCUCGGUCAUUGCUGCGCUUAA